UGACCGACUGCAAGGAUCGUGCACAGAUGUGGUUGUGUACAGUUGUUCCCUCACAUUUUUCACAAAUCUGUGGACAGCCGCGGAUGUGUAUAGUUGUGGAAGCACGAACGCCCCCCCACCCCAUGUAAUUGAUGUUUUGGUGCCUUAAUAUGGCGUCGUUGGGUGACAAUGAGUCUUCCAGGUAGAUUACUUUAUUAUUCCGGGAAGUAAUGAGACCCGAAAAAUGCCGGUGGAUAUCAAUAGAUUGACCGAGGGCUGGCUGGAGCUCGAAAGUGACCCAGGACUAUUUACUCUGCUUCUGGAGGACUUCGGGGUAAAGGGGGUCCAGGUCGAGGAGAUCUACGAUCUUCAGAAGUCACUCGAGGGCCCGGUCUACGGAUUUAUAUUUCUCUUUCGAUGGAUCGAGGAGAGGAGGUCCAGGAGAAAAGUUGUGGAGCAGGAUGAGAGUUUUCUCAAGGAUGAGGAGAUCGUGAAUAAUAUAUUUUUCGCACAGCAGGUCGUUCCAAACAGUUGUGCAACCCACGCCCUCCUCUCAGUCCUCCUGAACUGCCCCAACAUCCACCUGGGCUCGACGCUAUCACGCCUGAAACUCCACACCUCUGGCAUGUGCCCCGAGAACAAGGGAUGGGCCAUUGGCAAUACUCCUGAGCUAGCCUGUGCCCACAACUCCCACGCAAUGCCCCAAGCCAAGAGACGACAGGACAAGAACACUGGUGUGACAACAGGAAGAUUCACAGGUGAAGCUUAUCACUUUGUCAGCUACGUCCCAAUCAGUGGAAGAUUAUUCGAGCUGGAUGGACUGAAGCCCUACCCAGUGGACCACGGCCCCUGGAAGGAGCACGAGGAGUGGACCGAGCAGUUCAGAAGAGUCAUAACUGAUCGUCUGGGGAUCUCCACUGGAGAACAACUCCAGGACAUCAGGUUCAACUUGAUGGCAGUUGUUCCUGACAGGAGGCUAGCUAUUUCCCACAAAUUAACGAUGCUGAAGACCAACAGACAGAUCGUCCUGGAGGCACUGCAGCAGCUGGUGAAACUCAGUCAUCAGGAGAAUGAGAAGAAUCAUCUCGAUGGGGAGAAAGGGGAGAAGAGGGUCAAGGUGGAGGAGGGGAAGGAGGCGGAAGGGGUGAGUGUUCCUACGGUUAAUGUUGAACCUAGUGAGCACGGGGAGGUCGAGGAGACUGGGAAUCAGGUGAAGAAUGAGGCACAUGGCAUGGAGAAGGUUGUCAUGUGCGCUCUGGAUUAUGCUACUCCUCUGAGGAUUCAAACUUCACCUGCUCACAGCUCGUCCAGCACUGAUACUUCCUCGGAAAUUGGAUCCGCCUUCAAUUCGCCCACUCAAGCUUGGGGAUGGAAUUCUGGCCAGAGCAGUCCCACAUCCACCAAGGACUUUAAAAAAUUUGUUGUUAUUCGAGUCGCUGGGGAUGAGAAGAACGAGGCAGGUCUGAGUCGUUCCCUCGGCAACAUUAACAUAAAUGGAAAACGACUGGUAUCUGAUUCUGGGCAUUUGCAUAAAAAGGUUUGUUUGUCUGGGGAGGUACGGAUACCCCAUGCCAGGGUGAAAACUAGCAAUGGAGAUACUGUCACGGAGGAGAAAAAGGUGGAGAAAAUUGAUUCGAAAUUGUGCUCGAAAUAUCCCGAGUUGUUUGAACCACAUACCUUCGCCCCCAAAGAUCUUCUCGCUCUGCUGAAGAAUCUUGAGCAUGAAAUCAGUAUUUGUGAGACCUGCUUGAAGGAUGAGAAUGAUAAGCGAAACAAAUAUAAAAUUGAUGACUGCAGACGAACGCAUAAUUACGACGAAUUCAUUUGUACCUUUCUCUCGAUGUUAGCCCAGCAAGGAAAAUUAGCUGAAUUGGUACAGCAACAUUUAACGUUGAAAAAACACACUUCUGUCACAGUAAAUCGAGUUCAUAGAUCUUCGAAGAAAACUGAUGCACGGCCAAACGCCUCGCGUCGUCGUCGUGGCAGAACCAAAUGCAAAAAACGAAAAUGAGUAAUCGAAUCUCUGUUGAAUUUCAUCUCCUCAGUUCUACGCGGGUCGUGAACACUGCAUUCAUAGAGAAGACAAAGUCUAAUUAAUUUUACAAGCCCUCCAUCUAAUGGUUUCUUUCUGAAAACAGCUCAUAAAGGAGAGAAUUGACACUUUGCAUAAUGAUUUUAACAAUUAAGGAAUGAAUCAAUUAAUGAUUUACUUGAAUGCUUGAUUUAUUUAAUCCUUAUGAUUUUUUACUUCGACAAAUCGAUUAUACAAAUUACAAUAGAAAAUAAAGUAUAAGAGUGAUGAGUGAGACCCUGCUGUUUCAUUUCAAAUUAAUUAGAAUAUAGAAUAUAUAUACGAGAGGAAUCCUUCUGAAUAUAAAAGAAGAAUUUUUGGAAGUUGGAAAAUUUUUAUUACUCUCUCAGAAGAAAGAAAUAUUCUAAAAGAAAAUAUCUGGCAAAUUGAAUUUGGAUGAUGUUAAUUGUAUAUUAAUUUCUCAAAAUUUUUCUCAAGCUUUUUUAAGGAAUUUUGAUGAUUUAAAAUCUACAAAGCAAUACACAAUCAAUUAGAUUCUAAACAGUCGUCAAUUUGGGAAAUAUGAAAAAACAACAAUAGUUUACUGUCAAAAACAUUGAAAAUAUUUAUUUCAAUAUUCAUAUACAAGUACACUACACGCUGUUGAUAUGUCUUUACACCUAGACGCAUAUCUCAAAGAGAAAAUAAACUUUCGAAUACAUCGUUUAA